AUGGAAACAUGGGGACCAAAUAUAACAAGAGAAUCACUUGGAGGAACAGAAGCUUUUACGGCAUUAGCAUAUUCUUAUAUGAUCAUACGUAUUCUUGUUAGUGCAAUCAUAACAAUCUUGGUAUCGGUUCAAAUGUACUUUGAAAUUAGAUAUUCUCAUUCGCGACAGAGUUUGAUUAACCCGAGAUUUUUGUCAAUGAUCGGAGUUGCCAUUUAUCCAAUUUUCAGAGUAUUAUAUACAGCAGUUUAUUUUUAUACAUUGACUGAAGAGGUUGGUACUGUUUGUGACUAUAUUUCAAUUUGGGCACUUUACUUUCAAUUAUUUAGUUGGACUUGGGUUGCUGCUUAUUGGGGUCGAUUAUUAUUAGCAUUAUUUUCAGUUAUAUUGACCUAUGAUAGAAAGGUAUGGGUUUUUGCAUGGGGCAUUAUAGGAGUAUCGAUGGUAUUUGUAAUUGUAUAUCAUGUGGUUGCCAAGGUAGCUCCGUCGGUAGGUCUCUAUUUAUUUAGUGCCGGAUUUCUAACGAUCCUGGCCAUCUUUGGAACGAUCUGUGUCAAUUGCGGAUUCUUUUUAUAUCGACAAGUGUACCAAUACAAAGGACAACUAUUAACAGAUAGAGUCAAAGGUAUUCUCAGGCGUAUUCGUAUAUUAGCCAUCAUCAUGACAUGUGCUAUCAUCGUUACACUUAUUCGAGAUUUACUCUAUUACAUUGUAUUGAAAAUACCUGUUACCAGUGUUUACAAACAUGCAUCCAAUGUAAUUACAAUGUCUGUUGAGUUUGUUUUGGCUGGCUGUGUAAUGAUAUCAGUUUCAGAAGAACCAAUUAAUUAUUUUAAAUUUCAAUGUAUUAAUCCUAGUUUGGUGCCAAAGGUUCAAUAUGAAAAGGAUCAUUCAUUUAAUUCAGCAACUAGUAGUCUUUCACAAAAGUCUACAUCAUUGUCUAUUGGAUCCAAUAGAACGACCACCUCGGGUGUUUCCAGUCCUAGUAAAUCUAGGGCACAAUCUAAUAUACAAAUACAAAGACCAAAAGGAUCAAUCAUUUUAUCAAAACAAUCUAGUAGUAGUAGUAAUAGCGGUACUAGUACUAGUAUAAAUAGUAGUGUUAGUAGUAGUAAUGAAAAUAAUUGUAUCGAUAGUAGUAAUAAUAAUAGUAAUGUCAAUUUGGACCAACCAUCUUCCAAUAAUAAUAAUAAUAAUAAUAAUAAUAAUAAUAAUACUAAUAAUAAUAAUGAUAUUAUUCCAAAUGUUAAUAAUAAUAUACCAAAUAGUAAUAGUAAUAAUAAUAAUAAUAAUAAUAAUGUACCAAUAGUUGAAACCAAUAUCCGAAGAGAUGAAGAUGAUGGUGAUCACAAUGUUUAA